CAACAAGGAGUGCUGCAUCUUAUGUGAGUAUGUCCAUGAAUUUUUUUGAAUUAUCGUUGAAUUUUGCAUUUAGACGUCAAAUGCUGACCUCGCUAAGGCUUUGGAAAAGUGGAAAGGAGGAGCUGUUGAUUUGACGGUUUCAGGAGAUGUUGCGAGGUUACGAUUGAAUCGUCCGGAGAAAAGCAAUUGUUUAUCUGGGGAAAUGAUGAUACAGUUAAGGCAAAGGUCAGAGGAGAUAGCCUCGCUCACUGAACCUGGUGUACUGGUGGUUGAAGGCGUUGGACGAUCAUUUUGUAGUGGUGCUGAUCUGGAAUUCGUAAGCGAGAUAAGUACUCCAGUAAUUGGAAGCGCAUAUUAUCAGUUCAUGUUCGGUACAUUACGGAAUAUUCAUUCAUCUCCACUUGACGGUUUGGCUUGCGACCAGGCCGUAGAUUUACGACUCUUUCCUCUUCUAAGCUAA